AUGAGCGACGACACGGACUCUCCCCCAGAGAGGGAGAUGAAGGAUUUUCAAUUUCGUCAAAUGAAGAAAAUCCGUGUGUUUGACUCGCCAGAAGAGCUUCCCAAAGACAGGUCCAGUCUUCUCGCAGUUUCAAAUAAAUAUGGAUUUACUUUUGUGGGCCUUGGUUCCACAUUUAAAGCUUUUCUCACACAAGACUUACUCGCUGUUGAUAAAGCUGACGGCAAUGCUAAUGAAAUAAUUGAAGGACUUGGCAGCGUCGCCGAGGUGGAAGUGGGUCUCGUCCUGCAUCACGUCGCUCUGAGCUGCGAUGAACUCACUCUCUCUGUCUGUGGGAUUUCUGACGGAGUUUUAUCCCUGACGUUUUAUGACGUCCGCACCUUCAUCAACAAGAACCGGGCUCAGAAGUUGCCGUUCGCGGUCUUCAGGCCCGAGCAGAGCAACACGUUUGUGCAGGACCUGAGGUGGAACCCGGCGGCUGCUUCCAUGCUGGCCGUGUGCCUCUCUGACGGCAGCCUCACCAUCAUGGACGUUACUGAUGCUGCCAAGGUCCUGGCCACUCUGCCCGGCGCUCAGGGCAUCACCAGCAUUUGCUGGAGUCCAAAGGGAAAACAAAUCGCGGCAGGGAAAAUGGACGCCACAGUCAGCCAAUAUACACCGAUUCUGGAGGAAAAGAAGAAGGUUCAGUGUCCAAACUUCUACAGCUCCGACAACCCAGUGAAAGUCCUGGACGUUCUGUGGCUCCGGACCUUCGUGUUCGCCGUGGUCUACGCUGCUGCAGACGGUUCACCGGAGACUCCUCCUGAUCUCGUGGUGGUUUUGCUGCCUAAAAAGGAUGAAAAGGUUGAAACCAAAUACCUGAACUUCAGCGACCCGGUGUACGGCAGCUGCACCGAGAGGCAGCUUCACUACUUCCUGACUCAGAUAGAAGACUGGGAGCUGUUUUUUGCAGCUUCAGCAGCGUCUCUCGAAGUCUGUCCCAUCGCUCGACAAGACGACAAGAACUGGGAACUGUGGCUCCUCGAAGACUUCAGUCGAGCGGAGCUUCCUGUGACCGAGACCAACGACGAUACUUUUCCUCUGGGUUUAGCCGUGGACUUCACAAACCAACAGGAAAUACGCAUUUCGGAUGAGAAGGUCCUGCCUCCCGCUCCUGUGAUGCUGCUGCUGUCCACACACGGACUGCUUUGCCCUUUCGCUCUGCUCAACUUUAACCCCGGGGCAAAGCAGUUGGUGUGUCCUGCCACGCCCUUAUCCCUGGAGGGGGAGCGGCCGCCUCAACCUGGUGCAGCAGUCUCUCUGAAGCCUCCUCCGUACGUGGCUCCACCUCCCGCCGCCACUACCGCCGCUGCUGCACCCUUCACCGCCGCUGCUGCACCCUUCACCGCCGCUGCUGCACCCUUCACCGCCGCUGCUGCACCGUUCAGCGCCGCUCCAGCCUCCUCCUCGGGCUUCACGUUCUCGGUCCCCUCCACCUGCUCCACCUCCGCUCCCUCCGCCUUCUCCCUGGGAACCACCACGGCCUUGUCCGCGGCUCCCAGCUUCUCCUUCGUCUCCAAACCGCCGUCUGAAGCUCCCUCGGCGCCCUCCGCCUUCUCCUUCAGCUCCCCGUCCUCCAAACCGCUGACCACGGCUCCCACCCCCAGCACCGUGGCCACUCCCUCGGCUGUCAAGCUCAAUCUCAACGAAAGAUUUUCCUCGUUGGAGACUGCGAAUCAGGCGCCGCAGCCGUUUUCCUUCAUCUCCUCCGCUCCCAAAACCAUCGCCUCCAACAGCUUCAUGCCCCCUUCUGUGUCUGUGCCAGCCCCCAAACCCCCCGCGGUGCUGACCCCAGUGCGCCCGGUCCAGGCCAGCACGCCCGCCGCUGUGGUCCAGAAGCCCACGCCCAGCCCAGCAGCGCCGCCCUCACUGCAAACUCCUCAGGUUGCAGUGAGCGUGAAGUCCCUGGAAAAGCAAAUGCAGCAAAAGAAAGAUUCUGACCCCAUCAUGGCCGGCAUCCUGGAGGAGAUUGCCCACUUCCAAAAAGAACUGGACGACCUGAAAGCGAGGAGUGCAAGAGGAGACUUCAAGGUCGGCACCAACGACGAGAUGAAAGAGCUGAGGAAGGAGUCGGAGAACAUGCACGUGUUUACUCUGGAGAUCAAGGAGACCACAGAAUCGCUGCACGGUGACAUCGGGAUGCUGAAGACCACUCUGCUGGAGGGAUUCGCCGGAGCAGAAGAAGCCAAAGCCCAGAGUGAACUGAGCAAAGACCGAAACUACAGACACCUCCUGUACAAGCGGCCGCUGGACCCGCGCAGUGACGAGCAGCUCAAGGAGAUCCGCCGGCUGUACCAGUACGUCAUGUUCGCCGUCGAAGAUGUCAACGACGUUUUGGAUGUCGAGUGGGAGAAGCAUCUAGAAAAGAAGAAAAAGCAAAAACAUAUGGUCGUACCCGGUCGAGAAAGCCUGUUCACUACACUCUCCAACAACCAGUACAUAAUAAACCAGCAGACGAACAGACUGAACCAGCUGAUCAAAGACCUGACUUCACUGCAUCUCUACAAGUGUCAUUCUGUCACCAGCAACUCAUCGCCCACAACCAUCAGUACGGAUGGAGACAUAGAACAUUUAAGGGAUGCACUUUUCAAAGCUAAACUGGAAAGCUCUCCAGAAGGAACUCCCAAAUCUCCAGCCCCCAAGAUCUCACCUGUGAAACAGUCUCAGCUGCGGAACUUUCUCUCAAAGGGUCAGAUGCCGCCGGUCCGCUCCACUGCACCAGUCAACCUCUCGCGCUCCGCCUUCCUCUCGCCACAAUACUACGAAGACCUGGACGAUGUGAGCUCUACGUCCUCUUUGUCCCAGUCCUUGGAUCCAAACCCUCAAGUCCUGGAGCUGGAGGAGGAGGAAGAGGAGGAGGAGCUCCAGGCCUCUCUCCUCCCUCUGCCCCCCACACUGUCCACCCCUCGCCACCCCACCGUGGUCCGGACUCCUUCCAUCCAGCCGGGCUUCGGAGUGGCUGUGUCCACACCCUUCGCCAAACUGUCCUCCAUGGGCUUUGGACUCAGCCCGAUUCCAAGUCCUGUCCCCAGUAACAAGAUAAACCUGAGUGGAGCGGACAGCACCGCUCUGGCCACAAAGACGGUCAAACACCUCCCUGUGGAGAGGACUCCUGUGGAGAGGACUCCUGUGGAGAGGACUCCGGUGGAGAGGACUCCUGUGGAGAGGACUCCUGUGGAGAGGACUCCGGUGGAGAGGACUCCUGUGGAGAGGACUCCUGUGGAGAGGACUCCGGUGGAGAGGACUCCGGUGGAGAGGACUCCGGUGGAGAGGACUCCGGUGGAGAGGACUCCGGUGGAGAGGACUCCGGUGGAGAGGACUCCGGUGCCCAUCUCUGCGCAGCAGGCGGCUGCGUCUGCGGCUCUGCGCAGACAGAUGGCUAUUCAGAAACCAGUUGCCAACAGUGCGUCACUGACAGAAUCUACUCUGAAGACUGUUCCUCAAGUUGUAAAUGUCCAAGAACUGAAAGAAAAAGUCGUUUCGUCUGUCGCAGGUCCAUCAGCCUCAAAUCCAGCGGCUUCAGGGAUUCUGCCGCUUUUACCGUCUGUGCCGUCGAAUCUGGUGAAGCGAGUUCCUUCACAAGUCGCCCAGAAGGUCCCCACGGAAACCACGACCAGCUCCGGUUUUGUCUUCGGGAUGUCGUCCGUGACUUCUGCGCCAGAACAGAACAGCAGCAAAGGAUUCUCCUUCGCUCCAUCAUCCACAUCCUUCAGUUUCACAUCAGUCGCACAGGGAGCUGGAAACUCACAAGCCAAAGAUUCUUCCAGCAAAUUCUCCUUCGGAAGCAGCAAAUCUGUUUUUGCCCAGACGUCAGAGGAGCCGUUCUCCCUCACCCCCAAGUCCACGUCUCCCGCCUUCGGUAGCUCCCCCGCUCCGGCUCCAAGCGAAGAGAAGCCCAAACAGUCCUCGUCCUCGCUGUCGGCGCUGCUCUCAGACCCAGCGCCGCCCAGGACCACCUCCGGAGACACUCUGGGAGUCUUCACAGAUAUCCGUUUAGGCAAAGGAGAAGCUAUGGACGCCAUGAAUAAACCUGUCUUUGGGUUUGCCGAUGCAGGACUGGACGCAGGGAAGGGUACCGCGGCGUUUAGCUUCGGCACGGUCAUCCAGAAACCAAGUGAGGAGACACUCGGAGCCGAGACCUCAAAGGACAGUCCGUUCAAGCCGCCAGACUCAUCCACCUCCUCCAAACCGGCUUUCUCUGUCUCCGUCGAGCCAUCGCAAACCUCGUUCAUCGGCCUGGUCUCCACACCUCCUCCUUCCACAGAGUCCGCAGAGGUCACUAAAGCCGCCGCCGUUUCCGAGGCCUCGCAAAUUGCUAAGAAACUAGCAGAGGUGAACGUAGGGCAAGAGCAAACUGAGGCAGAACCAGAGGCGAGAGAGACCCAGGAGUCUGCACCCGACCCUCCUCCAGUCCCAGACAAUGCAGCUCAGAGUUCUUCGCCUCCUACUGUGGCGGAGACUCUGCAAAUGCCUGCCUUCCCUGGUCCAGAGGCUACUGCUAACCCUGCUAAUGCUAAUGCUAAUGGUAAUGCUGCUAACGCUAAUGCUGCUGCUUCGGUGCCUCCUCCAUUCCCUGCUUCAGUACCUCCAGCACAAACCCCACCACCGCAGGCACCGAGCUCAGAGCCGCCUGGGUCAAUCUUCGCCCAGCCUUCUCUUGCCACCACAGACGGCUCCACGGUCGUAGCGUCACCCGCCAUCAACACCGUCGCUCCCACAGACACCACCACCACCACCGUGACUGCCGCAAACCCCGCCGCCACCACCGCCACCCCUGCCUCUGUGUUCGGCCAGCCCGCGUCCGCAGCCACACCCGCCCCUGUGCCCACGACCGCACCGCAGCCCACGGCCCAGCCCACUGCCUUCACCUCCGCUGGGUUUGGGAGUCAGGGAGCAGCGCCUGGAUUUGGGAACCCGGUGUUUGGCCAGGUGAGCGGCUUCGGUCAGCCCGCCAGCAGCCCCGGAGCGCCCUCUGCUGGUGGCUUCUCCUUCGGCCAGACGUCGUUCGGAGCGAGUCCCAACACGAGCGCCGGAGGUGGAGGUGGUGGCCUGUUCGGAGCGUCCACAGCGAGCAAUGCCAGCUCCUUCUCCUUCAGCUCGACCGCCGCCAACCCUCCCAGCGGCGCCAACACGGCCAGCAGCAGCACGGGCGCCGGGCUCUUCGGGCAGAGCGCAGCGGCGGCUCCGGUCUUCGGGCAAAGCUCAGGGUUUGGACAGGCCUCUGUGUUCGGAAGCAACACCACCACCUCCUCCUCGGCAGGAUUCAGCUUUGCACAACCAACAGGUUUCGGGUCCCCGGCCACUCCUGCGUUUGGCAGCACCACCAGUGUUUUUGGACAGCAGCCGCAGUCGUCUGGAGGCAGUCUGUUUGGAUCCACGGCUAACGCGGCCGCUCCCGCUGGCGGAGGCUUCUUCAGCGGACUCGGAGGGAAACCCAGCGAAGACGCCGCCAACAAGAACCCGUUCGGCGCCGCACAGUCCACUGGAGCCUUCGGGCAGCCGGCCCAGACCGGGAGCAACGGUCUGUUUGGGAACAGCGCGGCCAAAGGCUUCUCGUUCGGACAGUCUGCGUUCGGAGAUCAGAAAUCCAGCGGCACCUUCUCCACAGGAGCCGGGAGCGUAGCGGCUCAAGGGUUCGGCUCCUUCGCUUCACCCACAACACCAGGAGGCUUCGGCACCGCCCCUGUGUUCGGGAGUCCUCCUUCUUUCGGCGGAUCCCCUGCCUUCGGAAGCGCAGCAGCCUUCGGGACGGCCCCCUCCUUCACCAGCCCUCUGGCCUCGUCCGCCGGGAAAGUGUUUGGAGAAGGGACAACGGCGUCGAACAUGGGAGGGUUUGGCUUCACCAGUCCGUCCAACGCGCCCACGUUUGGAGCCCUGGCCAAUCAGAGCGCUCCCUCUUUCGGGGGUCUCUCGCAGCAAGGGUCCGCGUUCGGGAGCCAGCCCAGCGGCUUCUCUGCUUUCGGGCAACAGCAGCCGCAACAGCAGCAGCAGCAACAACAGCAGCAGCAGCAGCAACAGCAGCAGCAGCAGCAGCCGCAGCCGCAGCAGCAGCAGCAGCAGGGAGGGGGUCAGGGGUUUGGCUUCGGAGCUCCCUCUCAAUCAAACUCGACCUUACUCUGUGGCGCUUCAGAUCCAGGCAUCAGGUGUGGCAUCAGGUGUGACAUCAGGUGUGGCAUCAGGUGUGGCAUCAGGUGUGGCAUCAGGUGUGGCAUCGGGUGUGGCAUCGGGUGUGGCAUCGGGUGUGGCAUCGGGUGUGGCAUCGGGUGUGGCAUCGGGUGUGGCAUCGGGUGUGGCAUCGGGUGUGGCAUCGGGUGUGGCAUCGGGUGUGGCAUCGGGUGUGGCAUCAGGUGUGGCAUCAGGUUUGACAUCAGGUGUGACAUCAGGGUUCAGAAGGCCCGGUCCUCAGGGUUCAGAAGGCUCGGUCCUCAGGGUUCAGAAGGCCCAGUCCUCAGGGUUCAGAAGGCUCGGUCCUCAGGGUUCAGAAGGCUCGGUCCUCAGGGUUCAGAAGGCUCGGUCCUCAGGGUUCAGAAGGCUCGGUCCUCAGGGUUCAGAAGGCUCGGUCCUCAGGGUUCAGAAGGCUCGGUCCUCAGGGUUCAGAAGGCUCGGUCCUCAGGGUUCAGAAGGCUCGGUCCUCAGGGUUCAGAAGGCUCGGUCCUCGGGGUUCAGAAGGCUUGGUCCUCAGGUUUCAGAAGGCUCGGUCCUCAGGGUUCAGAAGGCUCGGUCCUCAGGGUUCAGAAGGCUUGGUCCUCAGGGUUCAGAAGGCUUGGUCCUCAGGGUUCAGAAGGCUCGGUCCUCAGGGUUCAGAAGGCCCGGUCCUCAGGGUUCAGAAGGCCCGGUCCUCAGGGUUCAGAAGGCUCGGUCCUCAGGGUUCAGAAGGCUCGGUCCUCAGGGUUCAGAAGGCUCGGUCCUCAGGGUUCAGAAGGCUCGGUCCUCAGGGUUCAGACGGCCCGGUCCUCAGGGUUCAGAAGGCCCAGUCCUCAGGGUUCAGAAAGCUCGGUCCUCAGGGUUCAGAAGGCUCGGUCCUCAGAAGGCCGGGUCCUCAGGGUUCAGAAGGCCGGGUCCUCAGGGUUCAGAAGGCCCAGUCCUCAGGAUUCAGAAGGCCUGGUCCUCAGGGUUCAGAAGACCCGGUCCUCAGGGUUCAGAAGGCCCGGUCCUCAGGGUUCAGAAGGCUCGGUCCUCAGGGUUCAGAAGGCUCGGUCCUCAGGGUUCAGAAGGCUCGGUCCUCAGGGUUCAGAAGGCUCGGUCCUCAGGGUUCAGAAGGCUCGGUCCUCAGGGUUCAGAAGGCUCAGUCCUCAAAGCUCAAAAGGCUCGGUCCUCAGGGUUCAGAAGGUUCAGACGGCUUGGUCCUCAGAAGGCUCUGUCCUCAGAAGACUCGGGUCCUCAGGGUUCAGCACUCUGUCCUGA